CCGGCUUUUCCCACGUGCGGUGUGAACCUGAGGGCAUCAUGUUGUGAAGACAUGGGGGCCGCGGUGAUUCGCGCGAUCAGGAACUUCAACCUCGAGAACCGGGCGGAGCGGGAAAUCAGCAAGAUGAAGCCCUCUCCGGCCCCCCGGCACCCGUCCACCAAGAGCCUCCUGCGAGAGCAGAUAAGCGGCCAUCCAGAUGUUAAGGGAGACAUUUUUAGAAAAGAUGACAAACUGCUGUCAUUACUGAGAAAUGUGUAUGUUGAUUCCAAAGAUCCUGUGUCUUCUGUGCAGGUCAAAGAUACUGGAACACCUCAAGAGCCAAAGGAAUCCAGGUUGCCAAAAGGCCAUCACUUUAACAUAAAUAUUGAGAACAUUCCCAUAGGCAAAAUUUCCAUUGUAGAGGCACUGACACUUCUCAAUAAUCAUAAACUUAAUCCAGAUACAUGGACUGCUCAGAAAAUAGCAGAAGAAUACUAUCUAGAACAGAAAGAUGUAAAUUCUCUUCUCAGAUAUUUUGAAACUUUCGAAGUCAAAAUCUUCCCUCUGGAUGACAAGAAAGCAAUACAAUCGAAAUAAAGGAACUCUUGGAGUUGCUUUUCCCAUGUGUACUCCCAGUUCCCGAGCCCUGUUUAUUAUCUCUAUGUUAGCAUAUUAAAUUAUAUAAAUUGCCGAAAGUUUAAAGCUCCCUCCUUGUGAGAGCAUCCUAUUUAUUGAGCUCUGCUGAAUUUUCAGGACUGCUGAUAAAAUAAAUGUUUUUUUUUCCAACUUUAAUUUAGUUUAGGCAUGUAUUUAUAUAUGAUAUCAGCAUGACUAAAUAGCACAUGCAUACAUUUAUUACAAAUAAAAUAAUGUAUUAUUUUAAGCACAUAUCAUCAACUUUUAAAUUAGUCAUAUGGCCUCUUAGGAAAUGUCCUGAGUCCCUCAUAUAACAUUUAAAGUUUCACCUUCCAAUUCAGGUAGUCUAUUCUUCCUAUGGAAUAGUGAAAGUAAGAGUUUCCUGACUCUUAUGACUGGCAUUUUCUCGUUAGGGAAAGGGAGGCUCGUCAGGUAGAAUAAGAGUAUUUCCCGACUAAAGCCAGACAGGACACUGGAUACACAAUCAUUAGAAAAUACAUUUUAACUGCUACUCCAGGGACUAAUUAGUAAGGCCAUUAAUUGUUUGUUUGUUUUGAAAUAACUUAAGAAAAGAAUUAAUGUUUAUAAAAUUUUAGCAAAUCUCUACUUUGACAGACAGGUAAGUCCAGUAGCUUUCAGAGAGACAGACAGUGGUGGAAACUAUCUGAAAAAAUAACUUUUCUCUGGAUUUAAUGUAGAAAUACAAGAAAACUUUAAAGAGUGGUUAAAUCAAAGAACCAGGAUAAAUGAAAUUUGGUGACCGAAUAUAUAUAUAUUUUCUAAUUUAUUUGUCGGUUGAAAGAAGAGAAAAAAAAAUAGCAAGUAGAAGCAUCAGAUGUGAUCAUUGGAAGGGAUCCGGGAAAUUGUUGCUUCAUUUAACAAAUUUAUCAGCAGAAUAUAUACCAGUAUUAGGGUCAUGAGCAAAAUUCUGUAAGUUUAACUCUGCCAUGUCACUACCUGUGAGAUCUUAGAUGGACUGUGUAACCUCUUUGAGAUUGAAAUUCCUCUGUAAGUGAUUAUAAUGCUGCCUUACUUAACUUGAAGUGCUACUGUGAAGAUAAAAUA